AUCUAUUGUUUAAUCCCUAAAAAAGAAAAGUAAAGGCGAAUGAGAAGCGCACCUACCAAUUUCACAAUCCAUGGAUAAAAAAUUGCAAGCGUCUCUCGUCAAACUGGAAUCGAUUCAUGAACCGUGCCUGAAACUGCCUGAAUUGGCUUAAAAUUGCCAGAUUUUACCCACAGAUUUCUGCUUGUAACACACGCACAACUUAGCUGGAUAAUGAAUUUUGUUUCCUGUUGAUGUAGUUGAACAGAUCUUGAAAUUGAUGUGACGAUGAUGAGAUUGAGAAUUAGAUCUGAUCUGAAAGACUGAAAUCCCCCUAAAUUUCAGCUCUGGAACUUCACUCAAUUUUCGCAAGGUUGGAGAAUUUGCAGUUUCUGAUCCGGCUGUAUAUACGAAUAUCGUGUAAUAUUUCUGAAUACUUGUAAGAUAUGCAUGCGAAGCAUCGGAAUGGGCCUGGGAAUGGGCACAGGACAAAUACUAUGGGGAUGGGGGGUGCGGCUGCUGCCUCACGAAUUCCCCCUGAAGGUUCAAUGAGAGGCUAUCGGAUGCACAAUUCUGAGUACAGGAACUAUAAUCGUGGUGGUUACGGAAAUGGGGGUUACUCGAAGCAGUAUCAGCCACCUCUGCCCCCUCAAAGGGAGACUGAUGUUUUCAUUGAAGCUGGAAGGAUGGCCGCUGAGUAUUUGGUUUCUAAAGGCAUGCUGCCACCAAAUGCACUUUCAGGGAAGUGGCAGGGUGAUGGCUUGAAAAACCAGAUUGGAAACUUUCAAGGAUAUAGGUCUAAUGAAGCAGAAAAAAUACAGACUUCUGUGGAUGGCCGUGCAUCAGCUCAUUCCCGUUUAGGAAAUGCUGCUAUGGAUGUAGCUCCUGGUAGGAGAAAGUAUUCUGAUGAAUAUAAUUCAAUGGGUUCUAGAAGUUCUGUUCGAGGAAUAGAACGCGGAAGGAAAAGAAGUGAAUCUUUCAAAAAUUAUGGGUCGGAGGUUAGUAGAGAAUUGGGAAAAAGUGGAUCAUUGACGGAGAAGAUUAGAACUUACCCCGGUGCAGAGGCAGAUAGUGAUACUUCUGUUGGACAUUACAGUGAGCAGCCUUUGGGUAAAGAUGGUAAUUGUGAGAUGCGUGGGUCAUCUCCUGGUGAAAUAGCUCAAGGAAUUGAAAGUGAAACUCAAAUAGUUUCUGGAUUGGAGAAACGUAACCUAGUGGAAGAUGCAGAUGUGAGUACUAGUGUUUUGAGUAAUGGGAAGUGUCUAGCAUCAGAUGCAAACACCGAAGCCACAAAAAAGUCUGAUGAUGAGUCGGAAUUGGUUAAAGCUGUAAAUAAUGACAAUGAAACGCAGCAAAAUGAUGAGAAAAAGGAGGUUGCAUCUUUUGGAAUAGAGGAUACUUUGGUAAGUGAGGACCAUGUUGAUUUAGUAAAGCAGUGCAAAUUUGCAAAUGUUCCCACUAAAGCUCGUUCAUCAUUGACAAUGAAGGGUGUGGUGAAGACUGAUCUGAAACCCAUUAAAGAAGAAGAGAGCAUUUCCAAGAGAGAACAUGUGGAGGAUACUGGAGUGCAUCGCAUAGAUGUUGGCGUUGGGAAUUCGGUAGGUAAUCCUGCUACCCAUCAAAAUCAUGAGCUUAAAAGUCUUCAAUCAGAUGAUCCCACUUCAGAAAAAGAGAUGGACAUUAUAUACUCAACAAGGUCAGCACCGAGCUUAAGGUCUGAGUCUUUUGCUGAACGAUCUUUAUAUAAAGAGCAACGACCAGAUGAGGGAAUGUCAGGCUUCGGAAGGUCAAAGUCCAUGCUAAUGGAACGAGGUGAAAAACGAGCAAUAGAUUGUGAUGGUAAGGAGGAUUUUAAAAAACUCAGACAAUGGGUUCCUCUGCAGGAUGCUCAAUCUAAUAGCUCCGCUCCAAUUUCUAGCUCAACAGAAAACAAGCCACUAUCACCAGAACCAAGUACUUCACAUGGUUCUCAUCCGGCUCCGUGUCCUGAUCAGAGUACUUUGGAUAUUUCACUUUCCAAAGAUAAUACUGAUUCGUCUGAGUUCAUGCAAGAAAAGCAGCUGUUUCCCAGUUCAUUUAAGACUUGUGACCUGAAUCUUGUUGGAGGUUGUGAUGUCAACGAGAGUCAUGAUUCUGGUCCCAUGCUGGUUUUCCCAUCCAUCACCCAAACAGGAAAAGCAGCAACAUCUAUAGAUGUUGAUUUGUCCAUGUCUAACAAUGGCAAUAUGUCUAAUAAAACUGUUAAACACAGUAUAAAUGAGAAGGAUAUUGAGGUUAUUGAUUUGGAAAAGGAAUCUUCACAUGAUGACAAAACCUAUGGUACUUCGGACAGAAGGGGAGAUACUGUGUUCACUGACCUGGAUGGCUUGCCUACUAAUGUACACAAUGCUAAUGGGAUGCCUGACGUUCAGGAUGGUUAUGGGCUUAUGAUAUCGGAACUUCUUGGAAGUGACAGCCCAAACUGUUCUUCUGUACCGACAGAUUUAAAUUCAUUGCACAAUCAUAUGGGUCUACCAAAUGAAGAGGGGAUUCUUGGCGAUGAUGACUCAAUUUAUAUGUCCCUGGGCGAAAUACCAAUAAGCAUACUGGGAGCCUGGGAGCAGCCAUCGCAGGACUACGGGAAACCAUUUUGAGCAUGAUGAGAGCAUUAAUAUCAAAUGUUGGGCACUCGCCCAGACGAGAAGCUUUUGUCAAGCUCCCGAUCACCUUUUCUUGAUGUCUCAUUAAGUGUUGAUCAAGUGAUCCAGUUGCAAUGAGUUACCUGUACUCGACCACGACUUUCUCGUCCCAUCUCCAUUAAUAAUGUGGAUUGUAGUGGAUUUUAGCUGGAUUAUGGUGUAGAGUAUAUGAAUGAUGAAGAUGUGGGAAUGGUUAUAUUUGUGUAUGUAGAUGAGAUACUUGACCAUCAACAGCUCUAUAAAUGUUCAAUAACUUGUAUUCCAAA